GGGUGAUGACGUCAGUUGCUCGCGACUGCAUGUUGCGUGACGUCAUGUCACCAACGCCCGGGUUGCGGGGGGGGCCUGUGGACGCCGUGAAUUGACGUCACGCACAGAGACAGAGAGUCUAGAUCUCCGUGUCUCUGCGUGGUUGUGAAGUUCGACAUCGCCACUGCGGGAGAGACAAAGGCGGCCGGGCGUGGUGCUGGAUACCGACCCCCUCGCGUGCCGUGCCGGCCUCCAUAGUUAUCCGGCCCGCUGUGAAAAAAGUUUGGUGACCCCUGCCUUACGUCGUGGGGAACUUCGGGGCCAACUUCCUGGAGUCGUGGAGUUCUUCCAUUACUAAUGCCAGGACGGGAACGAUGAACGAGGGAGGAGAGAUGAAGAUCUACUGCCCGGUCUGCAACUGGGUGGUGAUCAGCCUGCCCGCCCUGGAGGACCACAUGAAGCGGCACAGGGGCCGCACCGAGCCCGUGCUGUACCAGUGCCCCCACUGCCCGUACAGCACGGACAAAGCGGCCACUCUGAUCGGCCACCAGAGGAGCCACGCCGACGAGAAGCUCUACAAGUGCUGGAUGUGCGAUGAAGUUUUCGCAAAUUCGGGAGACUUCUGCUCCCAUCAGAGCGUGCACAUGAAGCGGGCGCGACGCGGGAAGGCGUUCGUCCCACCGCCAGGAGACGCCUCACCGGACGGGAGGAUCCGCGCAGACGAGAGGCCCUACCGCUGCAACGUCUGCGGAGAGGACUUCACUCAGUCGCACCACCUCCUCAACCACCAAAGGAUCCACACGAGCGAGAAGCCGUACGCAUGCACCGUGUGCAGCAAGGAGUUCACGCGCUCAGACAACCUCGUCAUCCACAGUCGGGUCCACACUAGCGAGAAGCCGUACAGGUGCGCCACGUGCGGCAAGGCAUUCAACCAGUCGGGGACGCUCUUCAACCACGAGAAAACCCACGCGGGCGAGAAGCCCUACGGGUGCGCGGUGUGCGGGAAGCGAUUCGCACAGUCAAGGGUCCUCGUCAUACACGCGAGGACCCACACGGGCGAGAGGCCCUACAGGUGCGCCACGUGCGGCAAGUCCUUCGCCCAGUCGGGCAACCUGGGCAUCCACAAGCGCACCCACACGGGCGAGAGGCCGUACGCGUGCGACGUGUGCGGCAGGUCGUUCACGCAAUUGGGCACCCUCCGCGUGCACAAGAGGACGCACGCGGGCGGGGGGCCCUUCGCGUGCCCCACGCGCGGGAAGGCCUCCUCCGGGGCGGGAAGCCUCCGGGCACGCCGGCGGGCCCGCGCGGGUUCGAGCGCGUCGACGCCGCCAGCCAGUCCUCCCUUCCUCCGCCACCGCGCCCGGAAGGUCGUGGCGAGCCUCGGGGGUGAGGGUCCCGCGGCGACCCCCUCGGCAUCGCUGACAUCAGAACACGGAAAGACCCUCAGCUUUGCGACGUGGCCAGGGGUGAAGGUGGAAUGCGACGGUGAAGAUCCUUCCGCCUCCCUGCCGAUCGUGAAGCGGGAGCGCGGAGGGAUCGCCAGCUCUGAGACGUGGGCAGGGGUGAAGGUCGAACUGGGGGGGGAGGAUUCUUCGGUUCUCCUUUCGAUCGUGAAGCAGGAACAGGAAGAAAGCCCUGGCUGUGAGACGCGGCUGGGGUGAAGGUGGCACACGGGAGGCCCAAUCUCAGCUUUGGGAACGAAUGUUGAGGUCUACGCGGGAAGAGUGAAGGAGGAGGCUCCAAGCAAGCAUGUCGAGUGAGAGCGAGUCCUUGGCUGGGACCUUUGUUAAUUUGCUAGCGCGGGUGGAGUAUGUGUACUACACAGAGGGGGCAGGUCUCGUGGAACGGAAAUUUAAACACUCGAGAAGCCGACCGAGAGAGAGAAAUGUUGAGAAAAUGCCGCGCGAUACAUCGGUCGUUCGAAAGCACGAGCGUGUCUGCACGACUGUGAAGGUACACAACGUGAAGGCAAUUUUUUUUGCUCUGAGAACAGAUACACGUGAAGUGAAAACUACGUAGUAGACUCUUUGUUUUAUUUUACCAGGUAAGGCCCACCACUGAGCCACAUAGCUCUUUAUCAGAAGCGACCUGGCCAUCAACGAAGCGGCCUAUCAUCAGUGGCGGUACUGUGGCGCGCAAAACAAACAGUGCAGAAGCAGUACAUAGAUACAUACAAAUUAAUAAAAAAAUACUAUCUAUAAUUGAGGUUUUUAUGGUUUAGAUCACGUAAAUAUAAAUAUGUCGUUAAACCCGCCACCACUCGACAGCACAUACGUAAGGUUUGUCAAGUAAACAGAACAUGCCAAUUCGUUACUAGUGUAAUGUCUCUCAGACGAGACAAGCUGUAGAGGGCUUUAUUUUGAUUAGGGCGCUUAACGAAGAUAACUUGGCCAGGGAUGGCACGCAGAUAACUUGGGCCAGGGAUGACGCGCAAAUAGCAAAGACGCGAAGGCAGCGGCGACGUCAAGACAGCGGCGACCCCGAUCCCACGGCAGCCUUGAACCUUGCUCCUCGCCUCCUUUUAUCUCCGGUGUGUCCCUAACUCCGCCCCUGACCCCCCCCGCUUUCUAGAACUCUCUGGCCUGUUCCCGAACUUCCCUGUUGAUUCCCUCUUGUUGCAACUCGCCCUCUAUUAUUUAUCAACCCUGUAAUUUCCACUCGUAACUGCUCGUCCACGCGGGUAGUUGCCAAAACCCCGACAGGUUCAAUGUUGAAAAGAAUCCGAGCGCCCGACAACACAUGCAGGGAAUGAUCCAUACGUGGAAGCAGAUAAGCGUCUGUCACUGAGACUUUGUUCAAUUUAUGAAAGUCGACGCAAAACCUUAAACUUCCGUCCGGUUUUUUGACCAACACCACAGGGACUCCCCAAGGGCUGGUUGAUGGUGAAAUCAUAUCAGCCGCCAACAUUUCCUUCAACGCCUGCUGUACAUGUUCUUUUUUACAGGACUCAAACUAUAUGAGUUCUAAAUUUUCAUUUAAAGCUUUCGUGACUGCAGUUAUUCAUAUUCUUGGUUCUUUCGGUAAAGUCACGUUGAAGGGAAACAAUAAAAUAAUAAAAUAUAUCUAAAACAAUAAAAUUCUCAUGACGU